AUGUUGGACGACACUUUAAUGUUCGUGCUAGAGUUUUUAGCAGCACUUUGUGCCGUGGCUGUCUGCGGCCCCUGUGUCCUCGCCUGCGCUCGAAGACUGGUCCUCGGAGACGAGCUCCUUCAAAAAGGUCACGGUAUCCAAGAGGCCGAAGUCUUGGGUUGUGACGAACCAGCUUGCCCGUAUUAUAAGAAGAAUGUCAGAUACCUCAUGGUGCCGGUGAGGAGGCGGCAGUUUAACUCACCAGUACGGCAU